AUGCCAAAGAGAGGAGCUGGAGGAAGACAAGGAAAUAAAUUCAGAGUUACUUGCGGUUUGAAUAAUGCUUCAACCGUUAACUGUGCUGAUAACACUGGUGCUAAGACUCUUACAAUUAUUUCCGUUAAAGGAUUCCAUGGAAGAUUAAACAGACUCCCAAGAGCUGGAUGUGGUGAUAUGGUAGUUGCUACUUGUAAGAAGGGUAAACCAGAAUACAGAAAGAAGAUGCAUACUGCUGUUAUCAUCAGACAAAGAAGAACCUGGAGAAGAAAGGAUGGUGUUACAUUAUACUUUGAAGAUAAUGCUGCUGUUAUUGUUAACAUGAAAGGAGAAAUGAAAGGUUCAGCCAUUACUGGACCAGUUUCAAAAGAAUCAGCUGAUUUAUGGCCAAAAAUUUCUUCUAAUGCUCCAACCAUUGUCUAA